ACUUCCCCGGAGCUCAAAGUUGCCCACGGUAAGACCCAACGGGUGAGCUCCGACUGCAGCAUCCGCGCCAGCGCUCGGCAACUUUGAAGAGUGGCAGUCCCCGCAGCGGACCACAGCAGCUACGAUGACUCCCUGGCUUGGGCUUGUCGUGCUCCUUGGCUGCUGGAGCCUUGGACACUGGGGCGCCGAAGCGUGCACAUGCUCGCCCAGCCAUCCCCAGGAUGCCUUCUGCAACUCCGACAUCGUGAUCCGGGCCAAAGUGGUGGGCAAGAAGCUGGUGAAGGAAGGGCCGUUUGGCACCCUGGUCUACACCAUUAAGCAGAUGAAGAUGUACCGGGGCUUCAGUAAGAUGCCCCACGUGCAGUACAUCCACACGGAAGCCUCUGAAAGUCUCUGCGGCCUUAAGCUAGAAGUCAACAAAUACCAGUACCUGCUGACAGGCCGCGUCUAUGAAGGCAAGAUGUACACAGGGCUGUGCAACUUUGUGGAGAGGUGGGACCACCUCACGCUGUCCCAGCGCAAGGGCCUCAAUUACCGCUACCACCUGGGUUGCAAUUGCAAGAUCAAGUCCUGCUAUUACUUGCCUUGCUUUGUGACCUCCAAGAACGAGUGUCUCUGGACCGACAUGCUCUCCAAUUUUGGCUACCCUGGCUAUCAGUCCAAACACUACGCCUGCAUCCGGCAGAAGGGAGGCUACUGCAGCUGGUACCGAGGAUGGGCCCCUCCAGACAAGAGCAUCAGCAACGCCACAGACCCCUGAACCCAGACCUGCCCCGCCUUACCUCCUUCCCAUCCCGCUGAGCCUCCCGGACACUAACUCUUCCCAGAUGAUGACAAUGAAAUUAGUGCCUGUUUUCUUGCAAAUUUAGCACUGG